AUUUUUAGAGAAGAGACAAUAGACAACCGAGUUGAACGAAGUGGACUUCAUGAAAAACGAAACAACAUAUGAGAAAUAAUUGAAGCUUAAUUUCAGCUGUAUAUCUGAAGAAAAACAGUCAUAAGGACAAACACGGGUGAGAAGUACCCGAGAUUCUGUUUUAUUUCAUUUAGAAGGCCGCACAUUGCGACUUCUUCCUCCACACACAGGACAGAGAGAAGAAACGGGGUGCCGAGAGACUUAAAGAAUAACUGGCACAACCCCAACGAUUCUGCUGUUAUAUUUAAGAAUCCUCUGAAUUUGUGCAAUUCACCUUUUCCCAGAAGGAGCCUUUUUUUGUGAAGCAAGUGAUUCACCAAGACUAAAACUGGAAACUUGAGGAUUAAAGUAAUCAAUUUGCAGACAAUUAAGAAAUAAAAGAUAAAAUGGAAACGUAAUUGCAGUGAUUUAGAAACAAGAGAGCACUGCCAUUUUGAACAAAAGCACAAAGGAUACAUUGCAGCUGAACUCAAGAUAAAAAAAAAAAAAAAACACCAGGAAAAUAAAAACAUUUGCGGUGACCUUUUUCAGUUCCGAUUGCCUUUGCCGUUCUGAAACAGGACUUUUUUUCCACUAUACACGUUCACAUAUAAUUUUCUAUAUUGUGUACGUGUAUAUCUUCUAUUUAUUCAUAUAAAUACUAAUUUCUCUUCGUAUGGAAGAGUUUUUGUGUACAUAACCCUGUUCGAAACGUCAGGCGCUCUUUUAUUUUGAGGUCCGCACUGUACGUACAAGUGUGUGUAUAUAAAAGCUAUAAGUAAAGUUAAAAAAAAAAAAAAAAAAGGACAAUUUUAGUUCCCAGAUUUUUUUUCUCUUUUUUUGGGGAACUGUUUACACCUGGGGGCAUUAAGUUUAAACAAACUUGCUACAAAAGUAUUCAAAGGAGGUAAAGUCAAGCUGCGAAUUGUCAACAACAAGCAGAGAAAUCUUUUGAUAGUAAUGGCUACAGCAAGAACAGAGAACCCAGCCUCUGUGGUCAUGGGCUUAAGCAAGCAGAACGGGCAGCUCCGAGGACAGGCCAAGCCAACAGCUCUUCCAUCAGGCCCUCAGCCAGGAAAGACCCCCAGCCUCCUUCCGAAGGCAGGCGGCCUCCCCCAGAACAGUGCUGGCAUCAGGUUCGGUGACGACUGGAAGAAGUGCCUGCAGCUCCCCCCCAAAGACACGCGAGUCAGGACCUCGGAUGUCACGGCGACCAAGGGUAACGAGUUUGAGGAUUACUGCCUGAAACGAGAGCUGCUGAUGGGCAUCUUUGAGAUGGGCUGGGAGAAGCCCUCUCCUAUUCAGGAGGAGAGCAUUCCCAUCGCUCUGUCCGGCAGGGACAUUUUAGCCAGAGCCAAGAACGGCACAGGCAAGAGUGGCGCUUACCUCAUCCCCCUGCUGGAGAGGAUAGAUCUGAAGAAGGACUACAUACAGGCCAUGGUGAUGGUUCCCACUCGGGAGCUGGCCCUGCAGGUCAGCCAGAUCAGUAUCCAGGUUGCCAAGCACCUGGGCGGGGUUAAAGUCAUGGCAACCACGGGCGGCACCAACCUGCGGGACGACAUCAUGAGGCUGGACGAGACGGUGCAUGUGGUGAUCGCCACACCAGGCAGGAUCCUGGACCUAAUCAAGAAGGGCGUGGCUAAAGUGGACCGGCUGCAGAUGAUGGUGAUGGAUGAGGCCGACAAGCUCCUGUCCCAGGACUUUGUGGUUCUCAUCGAGGACAUCAUCAGCUUCCUGCCCAAGAACCGACAGAUCCUGCUGUACUCGGCCACCUUCCCCGUCACCGUGCAGAAGUUCAUGGCCAAGCACCUCAAGAAGCCCUAUGAGAUUAACCUGAUGGACGAGCUGACUCUGAAGGGCAUCACGCAGUACUACGCCUACGUCACAGAGAGGCAGAAAGUGCACUGUCUCAACACGCUCUUCUCCAGGUUGCAGAUCAACCAGUCCAUCAUCUUCUGUAACUCCACCCAGAGGGUGGAGCUCCUGGCCAAGAAGAUCACCCAGCUGGGGUACUCCUGUUUCUACAUCCACGCCAAGAUGAUGCAGGAGUACAGGAACCGCGUUUUCCACGACUUCAGAAACGGACUGUGCAGGAACCUGGUCUGCACAGACCUUUUCACCAGAGGAAUUGACAUCCAGGCUGUGAAUGUCGUCAUCAACUUCGACUUCCCCAAAAACGCGGAGACGUACCUCCACCGCAUCGGACGAUCAGGGAGGUUCGGUCACCUGGGCUUGGCCAUCAACCUGAUCACGUCGGAGGACCGCUUCAACCUGAAAGCCAUCGAGGACCAGCUGGUGACCGACAUCAAGCCCAUCCCGGGCAGCAUCGACAAGAGCCUGUAUGUGGCAGAGUUCCACUCCUCCAUCUCAGAGUGCGAGGCGGCGGAGGGCCAGCAGGGGGAGCUGCUGCAGACCUAGGCGGAGAAUAGGACAUCUGGCACUUGCACAGACAUCAUCCCUCUUUAUUUGAUUUUUUUUCCCUUUUUUAUUUUUAUUGAAUUUUUUUGGACUUCAGUCCCCUCAAGCCACUUCACCAUCUAGUCCACCACUGGCCAUCCUCUCUUUAGUCGGGGUGAAACUGCCAGGAGAAUUGCCGUCCAUUGAAGCCAGCCUAACUCAUUUACCGCCAAACCCCCGGUAAAUGAACCCACAUUCAGGGGCUGCAUAACCCCCACACACACUGCACACACGCUGAGGUCAGCCGGUCUGUGAGGGGAGGGGGCCGUGGGGGAAACGCAUUCACACUUCAUUGCGGGUAGUUCCUGGGUCAGGGUUCGAGCUGGUUGAUAGCGGUGCAUUCCCGACAAUGCGUGUAGCAUACAGUACAGCACUCUGUCCUCUUCCGAGUCUCUGCAGAAAAUAGUGGUGGCCCAAGUCGUUCUGUAACACGCGGAGCUGAGAAAAAUAAAUGUCUCCGAAGUGAAAAAUAAGACAGGGGGCCACUUGGUUGUAAAGAUAAAUGCAGACUAGUCUAGAGGCCGUACAUGUUAAGAAAUAAAAUACUGACUAGUUCCUUACGCCUGGAAAGUGCAGCAGAUCUGUUCUGAACUGCACUGCUGUCAGCACUUCCAAAACAUUGCACUCUGUUAUAUAUGUUUAAAAAAAGAGUGCUUUUGGCUUGAUUCCCAAACCCUGCCCAACCGCUCUGCUUUCCCUCACUGCACCUCUGCGCUCACACACACACACACACACACACACACACACACACACACACACACACACACACACACAACCACUCAAGUGCCUUAAUCCCACACUCACUCCCACUGCUGGAGAGAGGGAUGGCGUGCAGGACGGCCCAGUCAGCUAGAGGCAGCGUUGUCCGUCCUCAUCCUGAGGCUUUACGGAGGGUUAUUUCAGUCAGCUGGCUCUGUCACACCCAGGUACAGUGUUCACUUCAAGCUCCCCCAUUGGGAGACUGUAAUUGGGGGUCAGCAGUCCUAUCCCGAGAGGUCGAUUUGGGGUGCUGGCUUUUGUUGUUGCCCAGCUUUUAUAAACUCAUGAUUCAGCAAAUCGAGGUCUUGAUUGAAGGCUAUGAUUAGUUCAGUCGGCUGCUUUUCCCUGGGUUAGAACAAAUGCUUGGACCCUAACCGACCUUUAUUGGGUAAGAGACCCCUGAAUUUAGGGUUAAAAAAAAUGACAAAUGAAGCACAAAAUCAGGGUUUUACCUGUGCACGCCAUUGGUGCAAGGGCAGUGCUGGUUCACUGUUUACGACCUUAAGUGCUGAGAUCACCCAGUCUGUCCUCAAACUGAGUCAGGCUGCUGAAGCCAGUCUGAUAUUCAGUGUACAUUCCCAGACCUGGAGGGAGGGCUGGACUGUGUGGCCUUUCCUGUGCGAUGUGAGAUGGUGCAGCUCUGCUGUCUGCAGACCACGGCCACCCUGGAAGCUCCAGACUUUAUGGGCUCAUUUCCUAUCGCGUAUUUUUCUCCACUUUUCUCAUGUUUGUUUUCCUUGCUCCUGACCCGGAAAUCAAUUGCAGUCCGCCAUCUUUAAGGACAUUCCAAUCCCUUCCCUACAUGUUCCUUAUAGGAGCUAGAAGUAGAUGUGAAGAACGCCCAAACAUAUCUUUCUCGUGAGGAAACGCAAGUGCAUCCUUUUGUGGAAGUAUUUUUCCUAAAGCCUGUUUUGAUUUUUUUUUUGGAUUUUUUUUUAAAAUGAUCAACCUGUGGGUCCGCCCCUCCCAAUCUGCAACAUAUGUAACGGAUGUGGAUCCGAACAGACGUUUGAAGGAGCAAGGACAUUCCAUUUGUCUAAUUCAGUUUUUGGAUUUUCCUGUCUAUGGGCUUUUUUUUUUUUUUUGUUCUCCCCCCCCCUCCCCCCCUCCUUCUUUUCUUAGCCUCUCGGGAUGGGUCGAGCUGGAAGUAGAAAAGAGCAAGAAAAAAGUGGAGAGAAAUAAGCGAUGAGAAUAAGCCCAAUGUUUCUUAGACUGAAGGGAGAGCAGUUCAACUUAAUUAUCUUUGGCUGUCGAGGCUUAAUUACACUGGAUUAUAUUCAAGGAAGUAGGUUUACUCAUCUACCUUGACACGGAGAAGCCUUGCUAUGGUACAAGCACUGUGAUUAAUCAUUAACAGGGUGUGCUUGACAGUGAUAAAUGGUGUUGGAUAAACGCGCUUUCUUGAGCGCCCUCUGGUGGAAUAACCAAAGGCAAUUAAAUGGAUACAGAAGCCAGACUGACUGGGCAUAAUAAGGUGACGACUGCUUAAAAAAAACACUGUGAAACAUGGAAAAAUAAUUCAAUUUCUAAUAACUGCACAAAAACACACACCUUCAACGCCGUACCACAAGCAUGAUUUGUACUCGGAGAGAUGUUGCACACCAGCUUCAGAGAGUGAAAACGGGGAGCGGCCGAUGUUGUGAAACGUCUUGAUUGAAUCUUUGGCAUCACUGUGGCGGUUAAUCAUUUUGGAUCAGUCGUAUUGUCUUUUUAAACCCUUUUUCUGGCACAAGCUCAAUAGGAGUUGGACUCAUUUCCUUAUUCCUUUUAGUUCGUUUUCUUUUUUUUUUCUUCAGCUGGGGAGUUUAACCAGCGGAUAGUUUUUUUUUUUUUUUUUUUCUCUUUGCCCCCCCCCCCACAAGUGUCUGAGCCAGUGCCUGUGUUACCAGAGAAAAUAAAGUUCAGCUCAUUCUCCAAA